AUGGUUGAAGAAGUAGUGUUCGCCGCGAGUAUCUUCCGCAUAAGCCGCUUGCAUGUGUGUUUCCACUUUCUGAAGAAGGCGUGUUACCAACUUGUUGCAAACGUGCAAGUAAAAAGGAAUAUGUCGCAAACGUGCUCAGAUUGUGCCGAACAAUACGAAUACCUUAUUGCAGGAAUCACAAUGAUAAUCAUCGGUGUCAUAGGAUGCACUAUAAACAUAACUGCAAUCAUUCUAAUCUUCAGAACUGUGGUAUUUCAUAGUUCAUUCGGUUGUAUUUGCGCAUCACAUUUAGUGGCUGACACAGGGGUGCUGGUGAUUCAUAUCCUAUGGGCAGGACCAGCUACCAUACUGGAAUUAAGUCCAGAUGCAACGACAUCAUAUCUUGGUGCAAGAAUUGGCCAAUUGGCUUUAUUAUUUUGGUUAGCUACAUUGUAUAGUCAACUGCAAAUAGCCAUUAAUCGUCUUGUUGCAAUCGCAUGGCCAACGAAAUAUGAAGCAAUAUUCUCGGGAAAAUGGCUAGUGCUGUUUACAUCUGCAAACUGGAUUCUAUCCGGACUUCAAUCGUUUUUGCACUUUUGGGAAGAAUGUACAUAUUACUUUGAAUCCGAUGUUUUCUCGUGGAGCUAUUCAAAGACGGAUUGUGGCAAAUUUUCUGCGUUUUAUUUGGAUUUUCUACCAAGCACUGCUGCUUGCGCUCUCAUCUUUCUAUUGCAUACAACGACAUUUUUUUGUUUACGGAAAAAGACAAAGGCGAAAGAUUACGGAGUUUUCCUUCUAAACGCGUUAAUUCUACAUUUGGAAAAUAUUCGACCAUCAGCUACAAACACUCCUUCGAUGCCAGAAUAA